CCGGGCACAGCAGUCCACCUGGCGUGGACCGUCCCGAUUGGCUGCGUUGGGCUGACGGAAUGAAUUCGUAUUGGGGCGGGGCUGCCCAAGGCCCAAGGGGGUCAGGGCUUGAGUCCUGGGUGGGCCCGGGGCUGGCUAUAUAAGGCCGGGCUCUGGCAGCCCAGCUGCAUUCCGCCUCGGACGGCGCAGCGCAGAGGUCACUCCAGGCUGCGGCUCCACAUCCCGAGGGACAGAAGCGGGCCUGCUCAGCUGUCUGCAAGGACCGGCGUUCCAGACCAAGUGGCCCGCUGCUCCGAGGACCCAGCUCGCUCCAGGUUGUGGGGACUCCACGCCCCGAGGCCUGCGGUCCGCGAGGACCAGCGCCCCGGAACCAGUGGCCCACUGCUCCGAGGACCGAGCUCGCGCCAGGCUGUGACUCCACAUCCCGAGGUCGCUGCCUGGCGACCGGGCAGCGAGGACCGGCCACCCCAGACUUCGUGUCCCGCCGCCCCGAGGACAGAGCCGCGAACGCGAGGACAGCGACGCCUGCACAGCUCUGCUGAGAUGGCGGCAGGCUCCACUACGCUGCGCGCAGUGCAGAAGCUGCAGGUGCGUCUGGCCACGAAGACGAACCCAAAAAAGCUGGAGAAAUAUUUGCAGAAACUCUCCGCCCUGCCCAUGACGGCAGACAUCCUGGCGGAGACUGGAAUCAGAAAGACGGUGAAGCGCCUGCGGAAGCACCAGCACGUGGGCGACUUUGCCAGAGACUUAGCGGCCCGGUGGAAGAAGCUGGUGCUUGUGGACCGAAACACCGGGCCUGACCCACAGGACGCUGAGGACAGCGCUUCCCGACAGCGCCUCGGGGAGGCUCUCCAGGACCAGGAAAAGGCCUGGGGCUUCCCAGAAAACGCGACGGCCCCCAGGAGCCCAUCUCACAGCCCUCAGCACGGACGGACAGCACGCAGAACACCUCCGGGACAACAGAGACCUCACCCGAGGUCUCCCAGUCGCGAGCCCAGAGCCGAGAGAAAGCGCCCCAGAACGGCCCCAGCUGAUUCCGGCCCCCGUCGGGACCCUCCAACGCGCACCGCUCCCCUCCCGACGCCCGAGGGCCCUGAGCCCGCUGUGCCCGGGAAGCAACCCGGAAGAGGCCACGCUCACGCCGCUCAGGGCGGGCCUCUGCCGGGUCCGGGCUGCCAGGGCCAACCUCAGGGGGAAGCGGUGGCGAGCCACAGCAAGGGGCGCAAAUCGUCCCGCUGGGCUUCGGCUCACAAAUCGCCUCCUGUCCAGGAAAGCCAGUCAGAGAGGCUGCAGGCGGCCGGCGCUGAUUCCGCCGGGCCGAAAACGGUGCCCAGCCUUCUCUUCGCAGAGCUCUGGGACCCCUCAGCGGCCUGGAUGCAGGCCAACUACGAUCUGCUGUCCGCUUUUGAGGCCAUGACCUCCCAGGCAGAGCCAGAAGCACUCUCCGCGCCAACGUUCCAGGAGGAAGCCGCUUUCCCUGGACGCAGAGUGAAUGCUAGGCUGCAGGUGUACUCGGGCUCCAGGCCUGCCUGCCAGCUCCAGGUGCUGACGCUGCGCCAGCAGUGCCUCCCGGUGCUUAGAAACAAUCCGGACGCCCUCGGCGACGUGGGAGGGGUCGCCUACUCGGUUCUUGAACCCGUUCCGGAAGGGUGGACGCCUGAUCAGCUGUAUCGCACAGAGAAAGACAACCACGCACUCGCUCGAGAGACAGAUGAAUUAUGGAGGAUUCAUUGUCUCCAGGACUUCAAGGGAGAAAAGCCGCGGGAGCACGAGUCUUGGCGGGAGCUGUACCUGCGGCUUCGCGACGCCCGAGAGCAGCGGCUGCGAGUAGUGACCACGAAAAUCCGAUCUGCACUUGAAAACAAACCCAGCGGCCGACAGACAAAGAUGAUCUGUUUCAACUCUGUGGCCAAGACGCCUUAUGAUGCUUCCAGGAGGGAAGAGAAGUCUGCAGGAGCCGCUGACCCCGGAAACGGGGAGAUCAAGCCAGCCCCCCAGCCCGCAGGAAGCAGCCAGGCUGCCUCCGGCCUCGGGGACGGCGGCGGCGGCGGCGGCGGCGGCGGCAGCAGCAGCAGCAGCAGCAGCAGCAGCAACGUCCUUCACGGGCCCCCUGAGAAGCGGGCCAACCCCUGCCUGAGCAGCAGCAAUGAGCACGCGGCGCCCGCGGCCAAGACCCGGAAACAGGCUGCCAAGAAAGUGGCCCCGCUGAUGGCCAAGGCAGUUCGAGACUACAAGAGAAGAUUCUCCCGACGAUAAACUCAGGACUUGCCUUACACAUAAAAUCUGGGGGGAGGAGGACCAAUGCAAAGUCAACGCGGGUUGGGGAACGAAACUUCCAAUGGACACCAGGACCCUUGGCUGGGUGCAAAGUUGAGCCUCUGAAUUCUGCAGGUGUCAAGCGCUGGCCCUGUGAUUUUUGCCUCCCACACCCGGCCACUGCCUCCCUGCUUGGAGGACACCUCAGAAUUCAGAAGAUAUUAUGAACGCGUUCGGAUCAACUCUGCUUUGGUGGUUCACCGACCGUUUUUUAAACAACGCCCUAGUUGCCAUCAUAAAUCAGGUACGAGAUGUGAGAGUCCCUUUUGCCGUUUGUUCUCUCUUCUGAAAUCAUGGAGCACACAGGGACUUCUUAGACACAAACUCUCAAUCCAUCAGUUGACACUGAUAACUCCGACUACGCAAAAUGUCUUGUUACUGUUGUUGUUUUCUUUUAGAUAAAAGGCCGGGCAUGAUCCUCUAAUCGUGAGCCAUCCUCCUCCGGGAGGCCGAGGAAAGCAGAUCGCUUGAGCCCAGGAGGUGGGGACCAGGCUGGGCCAAACGGAGAAGCCCCGUCUCCACAAAAGAUACCAAAAUUAGCCCGGCGUGGUGGCACGGCCCCUGUGGUCCCAGCUCCUUAAAGGGCUGAGGUGGCAGGAUCGCCUGAGCUGGGCAAGCGGAGGUUGCGGUGACCCUUCCUCAUUCCACUGCACUCCAGCCUGGAUGACACAACCAGAGCACACCUCAAAGAAAACUGCUGUUUGUUUGAAGAAAGGAACUCUUGGCUUUCAUACAUAAAUGCUAACAACUGGUACGUUCCUUAAGUCAAAACACUUUUACUAGAGUCAUUCCCAAUCUUUUCACCCAGAACCCCUGUGAAAGAAUGGCGACACCUUAAUCAGCUUAUUUAGGUUCUCGAUCAGGAAGUCUAAACCUGCCAACCAGAGUUUCUAAUUCCCAUGAGAUGACCGGGUUAACUACCUUGACUUCACCUCCUACCAGCUCCUGCAAGCUUUGGUGAACGUUUGCCUUCUAACUCAGGGCAUUUGUUGGCUUCACGCGGGCUGGUAGUCACAGGUCCGUGUGCCAGAUACGACACACACACAUACACACAAACAAAGACACACACACAAACGCACACACACACGCGCGCGCACACACACAAACACGCACGCGCGCACACCCCCCCCCCCCCAUUAAGUAAACCUCGUUCUUAGGCGUUACCGACAGUGAGGGGUAGAGAGAGAAAUACAAAGACAUAAGCCGCAAGGCAAAACCGAGCAAGGGCAGCAGAAGAGAUCAAAGUCCUGUACCCUGGGCUGUCAGCAGCAUGGGGGCUGGGAAGCUCCUGGAAGCAGGCACCUGAGUGGAUGCCGGUGCACGUCAAAGGAGGCCUUCAAGCCUGAAGAACACGGAAGGAGCCAGAAACGGGGUGCCACAGAGAUGCUACCCUUAAGGAAGACAGAAAAGCAUCCGUUCCGGGGAAGGGGACAUAAUCCAGUCAGCGACCGCGUAAAACUCAGACAUGUCCGGGCACGGUGACUCGCGCCUGUAUUCCCGUGGCUUUGGGAGGUCGAGGCCGGCGGACCACCUGAGGUCAGGAGUUGCAGACCAGCCUGACCAA